UCCGCCGCCACCUCUUCUUUUUUUUGUUCUGUACAGUACAACGUUGUCUACUACUUCUCAUUUCCAGCAUCGAUGACCUCCUCCUCCCUCAACACCGAAAACUACCCGGUCUUCCGCGAGUGCCUGUCCACGGCUAUCGUGGAGAAAUUCUCCACCCCCGCGCAGCCCAAGAAAGCUCGUCGCACACGCGGCGCCGUGUCGCAGCGCCAGAAGACGCGCAAGGAGACUUUGGGGACUUCCACUGCUGCAGCAGAAGCUGCUGCUGACGCCUCGCAAUCUCUUCCUGACCGUGCGAGUCCGGAGGAAUUAGCUGAGUUUAUUGAUUUCCUCGCAACCGAAACCUUCCCCGCCCUGCCCCCCUCCAUCCAAACCCUAACCUACACUCCUCCACCAACAUCAUCAACAACAUCAACAUCAACAACAACAACAACCACCACCCCCUCCCCCUCGGAAACCGACCCCCAAACCCUCGCCUCAACCCUCUGCACCACCACCCUCCCCUCCACCGUCCACGACACCCUAACCACCUACGCCAUCCUCGCCGACCAACCAGAAGAAAAUGAAGAAGCCCUAACCACCUUCUUCACCCCGAUCCUCGCCGAAUACCUCGCCGCCGUGACGCGCCCGCCCCCCGUCUGGGCGACGACCCGCACCGACAGCUGCGAGAUCUGCGGCCGCGACUGGAUCCCGCUCAGCUACCACCAUCUCAUCCCACGCAGCGUGCACGCCAAGGUGACCAAGAAGGGGUGGCACCCGGAGUGGAUGCUCAAUAGUGUCGCGUGGCUGUGUCGCGCGUGCCACAGCUUUGUGCAUCGGAUGGCGAGCAACGAGGAGCUGGCGAGGGAGUGGUUCACUGUGGAGCGGAUCUGUGAGCGUGAGGAUGUGAGGGUUUGGGCGGGCUGGGUGGGGAGGGUGCGGUGGAAGAGUCGAUAGUUUUUUCUGGGGGGAGGUCACGCACUAUAUACAGUACACAUGUGGACAACCUCGGACUUGAUCGUGAGGUGAGUUGAGGUAUGCAAAAGUUGUGUUGUCUAUGUGGUAUCCGGAUAUUUAGACUAAUAUACAAGAAUCAACCGGGCCCCCCUUGUUCUCGCAUUAGACAUGCUUUGCGGUAAACAAACCCCCAAAUACAAUCGAAUCCGUGAUAGUACAGAAUAGGCAGAUCGUAAAAUACAGCCCCCCCCCC